CUGGAGUCAUGUUCCCACAAUGCAACGCGCAGCUGUCAUGGCUGCCCGCUGACUUCUCACGCUCCACAUGGGUGCAAAUGAAGAUAAUAUUUAUGUCAAAUCAUUUUGACGGAUAACGUACAUCGUUUAGAGUUGCAUUUAAAUCCCGGCUAAAACAGGAAGAGCGAGCAAGACCAGACUAGGAAGUUGCCGCCGUCAAAAUGUUGCUCGACGUGGAGAUCUCCAUCCUUCGAGGCUUUCUCACACCAACCGAGGAGACGGCAUGGAAACAGGACAUCUACAACGUAACAGAAAUGGGCUCUUUGUUGGAGUCCUUGAUGAAUGGGGACUUUGAGGCAGUUUUGAGAAGCCCUCAGGUGUUGGCGCUGCUUACCGGUGAUGGUAGUUGUCAUGAGGAUGAGAACAUUGAGGUAUAUCUGGAGAGAUGCAUCCUGUUGUACCUGACAGAUGACACGGAUGGGCAUCAAACCAACAGAUUCAGAGAACUGAUCGUGAUGGUCCUGGCAGUCUCGUGCCUCCACAUGUUUGUUCAAAGCAACUGGACCGGUCCGCCACUCUCCAUUCAGCUCUCUGACAUUCUGCCUUCGGCAUUGCUCUCCUCUGAGCCCCAGUCUAUAGUGGAAAAUAUCCAUGCGUGCCUGCUCCUGGACGGCGAGUCCGUGUACAGCCUGGUGGCCAACCCAUUCCUCCUCCUGCUAGCGAGGGUUAUUCUCACCAAAUGCUCUUCCAAGAUGGAAAGCUUUCAGCUUCUCUCCUGGUGGACUCUGCGCUACAUCAACUUGCACCAGCAAAUCCUGGAGGCGUUUUCUCAGCAGCUCCUCAACUUGUCCCUCAUGAGCAUGGAAAAAGUGCUGAAAUGCGAGUCUCUGUUCUCUGAGCAGAGAAAUCUGGCAAUCCAGUUCCACUUGGAGUGUGUUUACUGUAGUCUGACCUACUUCGAAUACCAGGCUGCCAAGGAACACAUCAAGAAAGCCCAGGAGCUCUCACUGCUUGAUAUCAACGUGACUGGUGCCUUGGGAAAACGUACCUAUUUCCAGCAAAAGUACUUGGCUCAGCUCAUCCUUGAGGUCAAGAGAAAGCAGGCACAGGAUCAACCUGUUGCGAGUCCCUCACCAACACCGCAAGCCCUACUCCCCAAGGAUUGCAAUCUUGGGGAUGACACAGUGUUAGACAAGAUUAAUUUAGCAGAGCCAGAGCAGUACAAGCUGCCGCAAUUCACUGCGGAGGAGCAAGCAGUCAUCCUGGGCAUCUGCACUGAUUUUCACAAGAAUAACCCUGUCUACAAACUGACACAAGAAGAGCUUCUGGCUUUCACAUCAUGUUUACUGUCUCAGCCCAAGUUCUGGGCUGUGGAGGUGACUGCACUUUGCCUAAGGACCAAACUGGAAAAAGGGAGUCCCCGAUGUAUUGAGAGAGCCAUGAUGCAAACUCAGGCAAUAGUAGACCACUUUGAAGACAAGAACUGUCCCUUGACUGAGCGUCUGAAAGUCUUUUACUGCUGCCAUGCUCCAACCAGAUGGGUUGUCCAGAAACAGUUGGCGACUCUUCUGACAGACCUUGCCUGCAUCAGUUCAGCUCUACUCAUUUACGAAAAGCUGCAGCUAUGGGAAGAUGUUAUCAUUUGCUACGAGAGACUUGGGCAACAUGGCAAGGCUGAAGAGGUUGUCCGCAGGGAGUUGGAAAAAAAGGAGACAGCGACUCUGUAUUGCCUACUGGGGGACAUUUUAAGAGAGCAUCAGCACUACGACCGGGCUUGGGAGCUGUCAGGCCAUCGCAGUGCUAGAGCCAUGCGCUCCAAAGCCCUGCUACAUCUCCGCAACAAGGAGUUCCAUCAGUGCGUCGACUGCUUCGAACAGUCACUCAAGAUCAACGCCCUGCAGCUUGGUGUGUGGUUUUCCCUCGGCUGUGCCUACUUGGCCUUGGAGGGCUACGAGGGAGCGGCCAGGGCUUUCCAACGAUGUGUGGGACUGGAGCCAGAUAAUGCAGAAGCAUGGAACAACCUCUCGACUGCAUACAUUCGCCUACGAAAUAAAAACAAGGCCUUUCGUACCCUCCAAGAAGCCCUCAAGUGUAAUUAUGAACACUGGCAGAUUUGGGAGAAUUUCAUCGUGGUCAGUGUUGACAUUGGUGCCUUCGCUGAAGCCAUCAAGGCCUACCAUCGUCUGAUGGAUCUCAAGGACAGAUACAAGGACAUUCAGAUUGUCAAAAUCCUCGUUAGGGCUGUCGUUGAAAAGUUGACAGACAGCCAGGGUGAGCAGCCAGCAUCUUUGCAGUCCAAGCUAAAGGAACUGAUUGGCCGGAUCAGUGCCCGCCACAGCAACGAUCCCGAAAUAUGGCAGCAGUAUGCUGCGCUGUACGGGGGCGGCCGCAGCUCCAGGGCAGAAGAGAACGAAAAGGCCCUGCAGUUCUUGUCCAAGGCCCAUCGCUGUGAGCUGCAAGGUGGUGGCUGGGAAAAGGAGCCGGAUCUUUUUCAGGAAGUGCUCAAAAGAGCCAUCGAUGUGGGCGAAGUAACCAUCAGUUGCAGCAAGCAGAAAACAAAUCCUGCAGAAGCUCUUCAAAUGCUGUCCUCGAUACGCCUCAGCCUGAGAGGCUUGGCAAGCAAAGCCAAGCAAAUGCACACUGACGUGGCUUCUGGUGAGAUCCGCGCUGAGCUGCGAAAUGAUGUCGCGGCUCUCGAGCGGCUCGUUACAGAGCUGCAGGAACUUUGUGGAGAACUACGGGGCCAGUUAUCCUGAAUAACGACACAAAGGAGUCUCUUCACGUUAUUUUCUUUAUUAUCUAACACAUCGAUGGCGUUAGGUGGUAAUCUUUACCUCCAAAAUUAUCACUUUUCAGGAGACAAAAUUAAGUAGGAAAAAUUAAUAAAAGCCAUCAUUGCAUUCUAAAGAGCUGAAGCCAUUUUCAACACUUUAGGCUGGUUAGUAAAUUUUAAAAUGAACACCCACACAUGUCGAUUGACCAAUUGUAUAGUUUUGUGAAGAGUCAUAAUAAUAAGAAUUUACCAAAUUGUAAGAUUGACUGGAGGCUUCAGCCUGACGCCAGCGACAUGUACUGUAUAUUGUACAAAUUGUGUGCAAGCAGCGACUAUAAAAUGUGCAUUAUGAAUUUCCAAACCUUGUAAUCAAUCAAAUGAAGAAAUGAAGCUUUUUGAGAGGGGAAGUGAAAAAUAAAUGAGAAUGCGGUUGCACAACUGAUCUGGGGGAUAUGUCAGUGUUCAAUAAUUAACCCUUUACAAACUCGCGUCAAAUGGAAGUCGGCGCACACACAUUACCUCGUUUAUUUUUCACUUCGCCUCUCAAAAAGCUUUCACUUUUUUUUUCAUUUGAGUUGUUUUUGAAAUGGUGAUCAUGGUCCCGUUUUUAUAUCACAAAAAAGCCCCCAGAUAUUUGCAUGUCUGGACUGUCGACAUCCACUUCAUGUGUUACAAUGCGAAUGAUGCUCUUCUGGCUGAGGUAAACCACAACAUACAAAUGCAUUUUAAUCACUGUAUUAUUUAUUAGGAGAAUUUAGAUGAAGGAAUUGAUCAGAAGUUGGACAAAGAAACAACCUCUUCACAGGGGAUUUAACUUGACAACACUGAGCACAUACAUCUUUGUCCAGAUAAAAGGAAAAAAAGAUUUGGCCUCACAAAUGUGCCUGCUUUUUGUUGUUCAAAAUUGGCCAAAUUGUACUUAAAGCAUAGUGUCAGGUGCGCCUGAUGUUUGUGGUAAUGACUACCAAAAUUCUGCAUGUCACUGGCAUCCAGCCGAAACCUUGUAUCUCCGAAACGUCACUUUUCAGGAGACCCCAAAAAACGGCAUGUUUGUUCAUACAUUAACAUUUCAUCAUGAAAGAGAGCAUGCCCUUUUCAACAUUUCAGAUUGGUCAGUAAUUUGUCAAAGCAACACCCACACGUGGUCUGAUCAGUAGCAUAGAUUUGUGAAAAAAAAUUAACCAAAUUGUGACUUAAGGUGUCUGCCCGCUGCCCACGAUAUAUAUCUGUGUUCGCUCCUCGCAUUAAUUGGUCACGUGAGUCUUAUUUUUCAUCUGUUUGGGAGAAUGCCGUGAAAGCGAUUACACAAUUCCAAAGUAUGCUGUAUGUCAAAGCAUCGAUCAUCAACUAUAGUACACUUUUUGAGAUUGUCUCUCUUUUACUGCUCUUUGCCAUUUUCUGUGAUCCAUUCUUGUGAUUGGAAGGCUGCGUGACCAGGAACUCAAUAUAUGUACAUUUGCUUUAGUCUAAAGAGACUU